AUGAACCUCUUCAUUUUCAUCCCAGUGUGGGUUUUACAGCUUGGUGUUUUUGUGGAUGAUGUAAGCGGAGUGUCAGUGUCAGUGAUGGAGGGAGAUUCAGUCACUCUAAUCACUGAUGUUAAAACAAACCAGCAAGAAAAGAUUAAAUGUUUUUUUAAUGACACUCGCAUUGCUCAAAUCAGUGACUAUCUCGAUGUUCCUGGUGCAGAGAUGAAUGAAACGCAGACCAACUUUUUCUUAGGGUGCCAGUUGCCACCCCGUGCCACGCCGGUGGAUCCGCCCUUGCUGGUAUGUGCUUGGAAAACAGCAGUAAAGGUGGUGAGCCUCUUUAUUUUCGUCCCAGUCUGGGGUUUACAGCCUGAUGUAUCUGGUGUUGAUUCAGACGGAGAGUCAGUGUCAGUGAUGGAGGGAGAUUCAGUCACUCUACACACUGAUGUUAAAACAAACCAGCAAGAAAAGAUUAAAUGGUUUUUUAGUGACACUCGCAUUGCCCAAAUUAGUGAUUAUCUCAGUAAAACCUGUACAGAUGUUCAGUGUAAUAAAGGCACUGAGAGAUUCAGAGACAGACUGAAACUGGAUCAUCAGACUGGAUCUCUGACCAUCACAAACACCAGAACCACAGACUCUGGAGUUUAUAAACUGCAAAUGAUCAGCAGCAGAAGCAUCAGUGAAAAGAUAUUUAGGAUCACUGUCCAUGAUGUUCCUGGUGCAGAGAUGAAUAAAACGCAGACCAAGUCAGUAAAGGAGGGAGAAUCUGUCACUUUAGAUUCUGGUGUAAUGAAAAACCCCAAAGAUUUGAUGACGUGGUACUUCAAUGACACUCUCAUAGCAAAAAUCAAUGGUGAUCCCAGUAGGAUCUGUACAGAUGAUCAAUGUGAAAAUGCUGAUGUGAGAUUCAGAAACAGACUGAAGCUGAAUCAUCAGACUGGAUCUCUGACCAUCAUGAACCCCAGAACCACAGACUCUGGACUUUAUCAUCUUGAGAUCAUCACCAACAGCAGCAGCAUCCGUCGGCGCCACAUUAUCAACAUUGUGAGUCAAAAGGGCUUUAGUGUUCCCAUCACUGAUCAUGUUGUGUAUUUCUUUGCUAUAGCAGGAAUAUGUGUUGGUGUUCUGCUGGUCGUUGCAGGAGAAUGGCAUAGAAAAUGUACCUAUAAAAUGAAAUGUCCCGCAUCCCUCAUUAAAUAAUCUGGUAUACUUCCCUUUUACACAGGAAGAGUUUUAUUUACAGUAUAAUUCUGUCACAACUAUGUAGCUUUCAGACAGUCAUAAAGUGCUAAUGAAAUGCUUGCAUCACAAUGAGGACUUCCAAUGUGAUUGUGCAUCAUGGCGGGACCCUGGCUGUUUUGCAUCCUCUAAAAAGUGAAGCUGACGUUUUCCUGGAUUCAACUAACACUGGUAGUUAUUCUAGCCCUGUUACGCAUGGUGGUCACUACAGUGGACAGCUAUUCAAUAAUCAUUUGCUGCAACUGCAUAUGAGCUAUUAUAGCUGACACUAUUGCAUCGCUGUAGGCCGAAACCAAAAACUUUAAACCAAAAAUAUUCCUUUUCAAUCUUGGUUGAAAAAUUGCUAGGCAGGAAUUUCUUCCCAAAAUAUGAUGACCUAAAGGAAUAAUGUUUUAUGUAUAUGCCCAUGUACUGUAUGUUCAAAUAUGUUUACAUAUGUAGCACUGUGGUCCUGUGGGGCACAACACUUGAAUGACAAUUGAACUGGAUUGAUUUGACACUUUUCACUAUGAUUUAUUUUGUACAGUUUUGAAAUGCACUAAAAUACACUGGUGAAAAUAGUGAAAUAGUACAAGUAGCAUGUAAAUAGAGGAUAUAUAUAGGAUAGUGGAGUCUGACUUGUCCUCAUUAUAAUAUUCUGAAGUUCUGUUCCACGCCAUGCUGGUUUUGUCUGGCCAGAGGAGAACUGGCUCCCCGACUGAGCCUGGUUUUCUCUAUUUCUGUCACUGAUGGAGUUUUGGUUCUUUGCCAUUGUUGCCUCUGGCUUGCUUAGUAGGGGACACUUCAUUUCUUGCUAUAUCGUCAACUUGAUUGCACAGAUACUAUCCUCUUGCAUUAUCAACACACUAUUUUCCUGUUUAAUAUUGUAAAUCUGCCUGUAUUGUAUAAAGCACUAUAUAAAUAAAGGUAACUUGACUUGCUCCUGUGAGUGACUCCUCCACCUUCGUGUGGAAAUAAAUCAUUGUAAAUUGA